GGACAAAAGUUUGAUUCGGACCUGAGAUCAAAUUUCCAAUAAAUAUUCCUUCUUCGACUUCUUGAUUUAAGAUGGCGAUACUUUUAUUUUCGUUUGGAAUAUUUAUUUGUCAGAUUACUUCAGAUCUUGCUGGGAGUAUUGUGGCAUUAUUGUCACAGAUAAAAUAAACCGAAUACUUAAUGGCCACUACAAUGGAAGACGGAGUAGUAUUAAAAGGAUAUCACAAGAAACUGAAAACCAUGAAGAAAAAAUAUUUUGUUCUUUAUAAGGAAACACCCCAUGGUGCAUCUAGAUUGGAGUAUUUCGAUUCCGAAAAAAAGUUUGUUCAAAGGACCGAACCUAAACGAGUUAUAUACUUAAAGAACUGUUUUAAUAUAAACCGUCGUUUUGACACCAAACAUAAAUUUGUUGUAGUGCUUUCGACCCGCGAAGGUGGGUUUGGAAUAGUCUUGGAUAGUGAGAACGACUUACGGAAAUGGCUAGAUCAAUUAUUGUUUCUACAAAGGGAUAACGCAAACAUUACUGAUGAAGUAAAUUCAUCAUACGAUCAUGUUUGGCAAGUUACAAUUCAAAAAAAAGGAAUAUCUGAAAAAGCGGGAAUUUCUGGAAGCUAUCAUUGUUGUUUAACUUCAAAGUCUUUAACUUUCUUGUGUAUUGAGCCGAAUAAACCACAAAGUGGUGCUAAUCGACUUCCUAAAGUUGAAAUACUUUUAACAACAAUAAGACGAUGUGGACACGCCUCUCCUCAGUGUAUUUUUUAUAUGGAGCUGGGUCGACAGAGUGUUUUGGGUUCUGGUGAGUUGUGGAUGGAGACAGAUGAUGCGUCGACUUCCAGAAAUAUGCAUGAUAUGAUUCUAAGUGCGAUGUCUGCUAAAUCUGAACCAAACAUGAACGUAUUAAACGUUUAUCCAGGUGGAAGAUCUGAUCUAGUUCCUGAACCUAUGAGAAAACGUUCAUCAUCAGCAAAUGAAGCAUCUAAACCAAUCAACGUGUUACACAAGCGACAAAAUGUUUUUGAUGUAAGAAGUACUGCAUCUCCCCAUAAUUAUGGGUAUGGACGAGAGAGAUGCGAUAGUUUGCCGACAAGAAAUAUAACUUUUAUUGACAGCAGCCACCAAACAUACAUUGUCUCAACUAGUGGUGUCAGAAGCAAUUCCAUAUCUGGUGGCCGUCCACAAUCAGCCAAUAGGCAUAUUACCAGCUCACCAUUAAACACUCCAAUGAGAUGCUCCGAGUCUGAAGAAUCUUCUAUAAGUAUUGAUGAAUCUGAUGAUCCCGGAAGCUUUUGCCAUUACCGAUUAAACACUCGGGCAUCAAAGGGCAUUAUUCUUGAGGAAAAUUCUGAUGAUUUCACUAUUGGUGACCUUCAUAAAAAACCUGGACAGAAUGAGAAUACUGGCAAUUAUGUACCAAUGACACCUAUUAAGCCACCAGAAACACAGAACCCCAAUAAAAUCCCGAAGUUGAACUGCGUUAGGUCCCAAAAUGUGGAAAACAGCAGCACGCAAUAUAUUUUUCCUGAGCAUGCGUCUGAGAAAUUUGGAAAGGAAUUUGAUACAGAUUCCGACAAUCAAUAUGAAAGGCCAACUCGUGCCUAUUCCAUAGGCAGUAAAAUUGAAAGUUCCAAAAGCAGACAACGACUGGGCUAUUUAAAUGACUUGGAAAAAAGUUCUUUUCGGGUACGAGCGUACUCAGUUGGAUCCAAAACAAAAACUCCUAAUAGCGAUGGUAAUAGUUUUGGUGUAGUUAAUAAGGGUAAGCUUGACCUAUACUCCAAAGGAAGUCAAAGUAAUGUUUCAACCAAAAGCAGUUCAGAAAGAAGAGAAGUGGGACAUCUACAAAAUCUACGAAAAAUUAAAUAUACCAGUGCACCGCUAGUAAAUUCUGAUAAAUUGAGUGAUCUGAUGGAAAUUGAUUUUUCCAAAGUUGCAGCAACACAAAAAUUACAGAUUAGUAAUGUUCAGGAAACUAAGAUGUGCAACAAAAACGAUACUUGGAAAUCAUCAAUUAAUGUAAAUAAUAAUGGAGUGGAUAACAUUAAUUUGCUUAACAGCAGUCACCGUUUUUUUUCUGGUGCGUACUUAGAAAUGAAACCUGUUGGCAAUGUUUAUUGUGAUUAUAAUAUAGACAAUGUUUCUAAUAAAGUUGAAAUGCUCAAGCUGAACAAUUCAGUAAGUCCACAAUUAAUAGAUGAUACUGAAAAUAGCAGUCGUAAUAACUGUAAGAUGUGCAAUAGGGCAUCCGGAAAUUUGAAUAAUAUAAUGUGGAAUAAAAACUCUUUAAAUGAUGCCAAAGUAGAUCACAUACCUCACCAAGAGGAGGAAACUAAUCCCAAAUUGGCUAAUUCAACAAGUUUUGGAAAUCGCCAACAAGGAAAUGUUGCAAAAGUCGACUCGGAAAAAAUAAAUAUGCAAAUGUAUGAUGUUUUUGGUGUGGUCCCUAUACUUCCUGAUGAGAAAAGGUUAAUACAUUCAAUUAGUAAUGAAGAUAAUACUCAUAAUUCAACUGACCCAAAAGAUCCAACGAAACAUGGAGAAGCUGGUUACAAAAUGCUUCAGAUAAGAAGUGAUAGUUCCCUUUUAUUAACAAAAACAAUCCAAAGAGGAGUAUGUAAAGAACAUAUUGAGAGAAAAAACAGAGAUCUAGGAAACAUGAAUUUGCUCACAGCAAAAGAAUCCGGCGUAAUAAUAACCUCAAAGUGUAAUAAAACUUUUGCAACAUCCGAAUCUGAAACUAAAGAAACUAAAAAUCUGAACUCUUCGCUGCGACCGCCGUCACGUAUAUCUCAACCGGAAUUGUAUUAUGCAAGCUUAGAUCUUCCACAAAGUAGUUUGCCGAUUUCAUCGAUUUGUUUAAAACAAGGGUCAUGUGACUCUUCGCAAGCGGUAAUUAUUUCGGAAAUUGAAAAUUCAUAUGCGAAAAUCGACUUUGAUCAGUCAGACUCAUCAUCUUCUUCUUCUAAAAUAUGUAACGUGUAAUUUCUAAAAUGUGCAUAUACAUACGUAUAUUGUAAAGUUUUU